AUGAGCGAACCGUCGAGCCCGCAGGCGGGCGGCGAGGUUGCCCUGCCGGAGGGGUCGGGUGUGGCGCAGCUGAGAGCACACAUCCUCGAGCUCGCCAAAGCGCGCUGCUCGUGCAAGGAGGAGGAGGAGGCUGUGAAGACCAGGAAGCAGCUGCUGCAGAAGGUGGUGGCGACCGUCACGUCGCGCGACGCGAGCGAGGAUCAGAAGCGCGAGGCUCUGCAGGGCGCCUUGGUCGCGACGUGCACAGCGGCCCGCAGCGCGGAGCGGGAGUGCAAGUCCCUGACGAAGCAGGCCGGCGGUGCCGCGAGGGAGCGCGCGCGGCUGGUGGAGGAGCUGAUGAAGCGCAGCCAGCAGGUGGACCGUCUGGAGGGGCUGUGCAAGGAGCUGCAGCGGCGCAACAAGGAGGUGGCGGAGGCGGCGCGGGCGACGCAGGAGCUGGAGGCGCGGCGGCGUGAGGAGCUGGAGGAGCGGCUGCGCGCGGGCAUCGACGGCAUUUCGCGGCAGGUGGAGGGCAUGAGCGAGGAGCGGCGCAAGGCGCUGGAGCAGGUGGGGCGGGCGGAGGCGGACCGCGAGGAGAUGCGCGGGCACCUGGCGAAGCUGCUGGAGCAGAUGGAGCGGACGCAGGAGGUGGCGAAGAAGCAGGAGGCGGCGCACGGGAAGGAGCGCGAGCUGCUGCAGCUGAAGCUGGAGCACGCGACGGAGGUGGCGCGGCAGCAGGAGCAGCGGUCGGAGCAGCUCGAGGCGCGCAUGGGCGAGAGCCUCGCGGGGUUCGAGAAGAUGAAGGCGCUGGUGAACGGGCGGCUGGCGGACCUGGAGCAGACCAACAAGCACUACGAGGAGGUGCUGGGCGACGUCAAGGGGCGGCUGGACGACGCGACGAAGAAGCUGCGCGCGAAGGAGGAGGCCGAGCUCGCGAUGCUGCGCCGCGAGAAGGAGCUCAUGGAGACCAGCGCCAAGCACAGCCAGAUGCUGGUGCAGGCCCUGUCGCGCAACGAGGAGCAGCUGCAGGAGAUGAAGCGCGUGAUCGCGCAGCGGGACCGCCUCGAGGCCCUCUGCAGGGCGCUCCGCGGGCAGACGCCCGGCGGCGAGGCGGGCGCAGCCAAGGAGGGCGACGCACCCGCCGCCGCUGGGGAGGGCUCGCACCUCGCCGAGGCGGUGCCCGCGCAGUAG